AUGGAACGUCGGGGAUGCUCUCUCUUCUCUGUGCUUCACCAAUGGAACAAGGACAUGGAAGCAGUGAGUGACUUCAGCAUGGCAGCAAGUACCUUACUCGCAAGUUGCAACGGCUCUAUGACUGGACGGAUACGCAAUGGCAGACUGACACGAAUGAUUGUGGGAGGAAUACGUAUCUUUUCUCAGGGUAUCCGCCAUGGAACCGCCGCGCCUCCAACCGGGGACGUGUCUAUGCAAGUGCCAGAAGUACUUUGCAAUAACACAUGCCGGUACUUGUGGAGGCUCCCCUGGAACAAAACGGUCACCGGCCAUCGGCCCUGGGCCCAGACCAGAAACCUCCCCCUCCCCUCCGUGCCUUCUCCGACCCCCCCGAGAUUGGGAACGGGCCUCCCGGUGCGUUGGCAGACUGGAUCUGAAGUACUUGGGUACAUCCAUCUUGUACCUCUUGUUCCUUCUCCCGAAUCCGCCAAGAGACAAUCGGAAGGGUCCAAAGUCGGGAAUGGCGGCCCAAGAAACCUCAUCCCGAGACACCUCACCAUCCUCGCAUGCGCUGUCGUCAGGACCGCACGUGAGGUCAUCGCAACGCGGGGCUCCCUCAGUUGCGCGAGUCCUUGGUGGUUCUUCUCAUUUCCCUCUUUCAGACUCGACACCUCAGGAUUGUGUUACCUCCUGAACACCUCGGGACAUCAUCUCAGGAGUCAAACGAUACCUGCCCCAUGGAUCCCUCAUGGACACCAGAAGAAGUCGCCAGAAGGCGGUCGACGACCCUUGGCACCAUCAUUGGCUCGUUGCCCGGGUCAUGAGCACCCAUACCCUCAUCAAACUGCCAACUCACUGACGGCUCGACAUCUGCCCUUCCGGUUGGAUCGGGACUGCUCGAGAUGCUGCACCCUCUGCACCUCUGCAUCUCUCCCCUCAUCGCCGCCUCCCCCGGAUCGCCCAAGCUUCCGCCCUGCCACGCGGGAUUGGAUAGAGCCUCAUGCUCUCUGCAAUACUUGGAGACCUGAACUUGCGUGUAGGUGCCUUACCACGCAGUUCCUCCUCCCAGUUCAAGGCCUUUCCACGACUGAGAGCUCGCCAGCGUCUACCUUCUCUCCCCAGACUGCUUCACAUUGGUCUCAUCAUGCCGUUGCUUCGGACUCAACUUCUAGAAUCCCCCGUUCGGCUCGUCUCGACUCUCAACCCCUCCUCCUCCUUCUCAGCCCAACAUCCCAGUAUUGGUCUCUUUGGUCCAUGGAUCGAUCCACGAACCCUUGCAACCAAACCCCUCCUCUUGCUCCCCCCUCCCACUUCCUCCUCGGACAAAAUCACAUCGUCGACUUUGCAGCCACCGCGACCCCGUCCCGCUCGCUUGUCUGCCCCAAUCCCUGCUCUCCGCCUGUCUUCAUCGUCGGUAAGCCCAGUGACCUGCAUCACCGCCUCAACACCGCUCCUUGCCCCCAGCUCCAUGAUCCUUCCAUCGCUCUUCCCCUCGCGUCCCGUCCCGUCAACGCCCAUGAUACCAUUGCCUGCCAACCUUAG